AUGUCCGACACGCCACCCCACCAGCGCCCACGCUUCGCCAGCGCCCUCGCGCAGUCGCCGCGCUCCGACGUGCUGGAGUGGCGCCUCCCGCGGCCCUUUGCCCACUGCGUGCUGACGGGCCGCUCGCGCGCCGCCUGGCACACGUCCUUUGUCGUGCCGCAGCUCGACCUGCUGCUCGACGCCGGCCUGUGCGUCAACCGCCUCCGCCCGCGCCACGUCUUCCUGACCCACGGCCACAGCGACCACACCCUGCUGGCGCCCGCCUUUGUGGGCGGCGGCGGCGGCGGCGGCGACGGUGAUGAUGGGUUGCCGCAUGUCUAUUGUCCGGUUGAGAUGGCCGGCCUGUUUGAUGACUUUGUUCGGGCCAGUGUCUUGCUCGACGCCGGGGGGGGAGGUCCGGACGAGGAGCCAAGGGAUGAUGAUGAUGAUGGUGGUGUCGGUGUCGAUGACGACAAGGACGGCCAAGAAGACGGCAGGCAAGACAGCACGGCGCAAGAGCAAGGGACGGAUGCCCCGAACACGACGGAAAACACGACGCACAUCACCCACGCCCUCCGGCCCGGCGACACCGUCCCCCUCCACCACCUCCGCUCGCGCGCCAACACGCUCGUCACGGCCACCGCCUUCGCCUGCACCCACUCGGUCCCCAGCCUCGGCUACCUCUUCUCCCGCGUCACCCAGCGCCUGCGCCCGGCCCUCGCCGCCCUCGCCGGCCCGCGCCUGCAGGCCCUCCGCGCCGCCGGAGAGUGGCUGACCGAGCCGCACGCCGUCCCCUUCCUCGCCUUCCUCGGCGACUCCACCGCCGACACGCUCGCCGCCGAGCCCGAGUGGCUGCGUGCCGGGGUCCCCGUCGUCGUCACCGAGUGCAGCUUUCUCUAUCCGCGGCACAAGGCGCUUGCCGACCGCACAAAGCAUACCGCCUGGGGGGACCUCGUCCAUGUCGUCCGCCGCUGGCCGCAGACGACCUUUGUCCUGACCCAUUUCAGCCUGCGCUAUUCCGAGGCCGACAUUGUCGCCUUUUUCACCGACAUGGUCGAUUGCCCCGCCAACAUUGUCGUCUGGGCGGAUCCCCUGGCCUGA